AUGCCUUUAUGUGGUAGUUCCAAAAAACCAAUCCAACGUAAAAUUGUCAUUCUUGGUGAUGGUGCAGCUGGUAAAACUUCAUUAUUGAAUGUUUUCACAAGGGGUUAUUUCCCACAAGUUUAUGAGCCAACAGUUUUUGAGAACUACGUCCAUGAUAUAUUUGUUGAUGGUAAACCAAUAAAAUUAUCAUUAUGGGAUACUGCGGGACAAGAAGAAUUUGAUCGUCUUAGAUCAUUAAGUUAUUCAGAUACUCAUACGAUAAUGUUGUGUUUUGCUAUUGAUUCGAAAGAUUCUUUGGAGAAUGUACAGAAUAAAUGGGUUGGUGAGAUUGCUGAUCAUUGUGAAGGUGUUAAAUUAGUUUUAGUUGCUUUGAAAUGUGAUUUAAGAAAUGAUGAUGGUGAUGAUGAAGAUGAAGAUGAACAUUUGAAUGGUGUUGGUUCAGGUUCUGGAAGAUCUAAUUUGAUAACUUAUGAAGAAGGUUUAGAAAUGGCUAAAAAAAUCGGGGCGUUAAGGUAUUUGGAAUGUAGUGCUAAAAAGAAUAGAGGUGUUAAUGAAGCAUUCACAGAAGCUGCAAGAUGUGCUUUAACUGCAAAGCCAAAGGGUGCUAAUGAUGAUGAUGAAGAUCAAGGUGGUAGUUGUAUAAUUAUGUAA